AUGGUUUUCAAAGUAUGCAUGCGUACUGGAACAUCCCGGGGACAAUUCAGGACCCUUUUCCGCCCUACCUUGCGCCCCACCUUGCGCCCUACUUUCAUCACGCUCGCAUACGACAACCGGGGUGGAGCCCGCUGUCGUACUCGCAGGGCAGGACCACAACAUCACAAGGGAGGUUAUUUGCGAGGACAGCGCUGGAUUUGUUCACGAGGUGCCGAUAUGGAAUGGAUGGGGAGCGCCGUUUUCGGCGAGGACACCCCAUCACCUGUCAGGGUUAUUACGAGGCUGUUCACGGCGGGCGGCGAGGAGAAAGAGGACAGCGAUGAUGCAGGAACAAAUCGCGAGAUGCAUCCAGGGCGCAAAAGGGUUUACGUGCGGAGCCAAAUCGCGAGCGGUCUUUGCGGAGACCUUGACGGCGUCAAGAAAAAGGUGUGGGAGAGGGUGGACCUCCUCUUCUUCGAGGGGCGUAGACGCUGGCUCGGCCCGCUUUGGAAGAAGGUCAAAGAUCUUCCCCCGACCACGCGCUUGAUUUCCGACGCUUGGAACGGCCACGUUGACGGAGUCGCCGCCUUAGAACACCGGUUGCGAGACUACCAGGAAGCGAAGGCGUUGCAUGACCUAUCCUGCAUCAUCAAUCACGUGGAGGAGGUGGGUUGAUACGGCAGUCAGUUAGCGAGUUGGGCAUUUGUGGAAUGGCUUGCGUGUCAUCUCCGCAUCCGUGUGUGAACAAGUCAAAACUUCCAUCCUCCUGCAUCUGCACGUUACUGCGUUGAUUGUAGGUUUGAGAGAGAGCGCCGUGUGUUUAUUUCUGGUUGGAAUAGGUGUGUUGGAGCUACCACCAAUUCCUGGCGCUCGGGUCUAGAAUCAACCAUUCGAUUUCAUCUUGUUGAUGUGUAUUCCACGGCCAAGUAGCUGAGGUAUUUUCUCCAUGCCCGCGCUCCUCUGAUUGAACCGUUCCCCAUCCCCUACCCUUAAUG